AUGGCUUUUAAAGAUACCUUCUUUCUUGGCUUUCUUUUCCUCAUCCUUGUGGCUUCAGAGGCCACAAAUGAACCAAAAACUCCCAUUCCCAUUGUAAGGAGAAGCAACUUCCCAAAAGACUUUGUUUUUGGUUCUUCAUCUGCUGCUUAUCAGUAUGAAGGUGCUGCUUUUAAGGAUGGGAGAGGACCAAGUAUUUGGGAUACCUACACUCAUCAACACCCUGAGAGAAUUGCUGAUGGCAAGAAUGGAGAUUUAGCUGUUGAUCAAUACCACCGCUAUAAGGAAGAUGUUGCCAUUAUGGACCGUAUAGGUUUUGAUGCUUACAGAUUCUCAAUUUCAUGGUCUAGAGUAUUGCCAAAGGGAAAACUUAGUGGUGGUGUGAAUAAAAAAGGAAUUGACUACUACAACAAACUCAUCAAUGAGCUCCUUUCAAAAGGCAUCCAAUCUUAUGUAACAAUUUUCCAUUGGGAUGUUCCCCAAGCUUUACAAGAUGAAUAUCAAGGCUUCAUGAGUCGCAAAAUCUUAAAGGAUUAUCGAGACUUUGCUGAACUUUGCUUCAAGGAAUUUGGAGACAGAGUGAAACACUGGAUCACCUUUAACGAACAGUACGUCUUUACCAUAAAUGGUUAUGCGAUAGGAGUUUUUGCUCCAGGCAGAUGCUCUUCUUGGCAACCAUUAAAUUGUCUCGGUGGAGAUUCAGGGACUGAACCAUACAUUGUUGCUCACCAUCUAAUUCUUGCACAUGCUCUUGCUGCUAGACUUUACAAGUCUAAAUAUCAGGCAUACCAAAAAGGUGAAAUUGGGGUCACAUUGUUUUCGAAUUGGUUUGUCCCAUAUUCAAAAAGUGAGGCGGACAAAAAGGCUACAGGUCGAGCUCUUGAUUUUCAACUUGGUUGGUUCUUGGAUCCAAUAGUGUAUGGAGAUUAUCCAGCCAGCAUGAGAACUCUUGUAAAAGAGAGAUUGCCUAAAUUCACAAAGGAAGAACGUAGUUUGAUCUUAAAAUCCUAUGAUUUUAUUGGAAUUAAUUAUUAUACAUCUAACUAUGUACAAAACAAUCCCAAUGUUGAUCCUAACAAGCCAAGCCUCUUGACUGAUUUACGUGCCAAUUCUUCAACCGAUCGUAAUGGAGUCUCAAUUGGACCAAAGGUGAAUGGAUCAUCUUGGCUUGCCGUUUAUCCAGAAGGACUCAAAGAUCUGAUGAUUCAUAUGAAGAAUAACUAUAAAAAUCCAAUUAUUUACAUCACAGAAAAUGGAUAUUUGGAUUUUGAUUCUCCCCAAAUUAGCAAAUUAAUCAAGGAUGAGGGUAGAGUUAAAUACUAUCGUCAACAUCUCAUUAAACUUCAAGAAUCAGUCAAGGCUGGUGUAAGGGUAAAGGGAUUUUUUGCAUGGUCUUUAUUGGACAAUUUUGAAUGGGCGAAUGGAUAUACCAUGCGCUUUGGUCUUGUCUAUGUCGAUUUCAAGCACCGUUUGACAAGAAUUCCAAAACUGUCGGCAAAAUGGUUCAACAAUUUUCUACGCAGUUGA